AUGACCGCUCCGCGCAGCAGAUGGUCAGCGGCCGUUCUUUUGGCCUUUGCUACAGCAGUUCCAACUUUCGUUGGCAGACCGCGACAGGUGCGCAACGUCGAAGUGCUUUGCGAGGCACGCCGCGUUGUGAGAUGUCCAAGUUGCGGCCAGGCGCAACGUGCCGAUUGUGAUGGCAACGGCCGGUUGUUGGGAGGCAUUGCACAAGUUGCUGAAUGGUCUCCAGUGAAGGCCUACAGUGUUUGCCCCCGUUUUCGGGGGAGGUACCAGCGCAGAGGCCAGAAAUUUGACAAUUUGUUUGAUGGCGAUGUGGCCGGCAAAGAGCGGAACCGGAUGCUGGAAACGCCAGCCACUUGGCGGUCGCUGACCAAGAUCCGCAUUCGGGAGCUGCCAGAUAUCAAUGCCAAUCCAACAGGAGAUGUGGUUGGACCCUACGAGAGCUUCGUGGUGGAAGAUGUCAUACGAAAGGAUGGGCAGCACUUUUUGAAGAUUCAAGGCAAAUCAGGUUGGGUCUUUGACCGCGGAGUAGUGGGAUCUUGGUACGAUGUGCAAAAAGAGCCCUGCUACUACAGUCCAGAGUUACGCUGGAAACUGCACUCCGCUAGCUUCAAGGAGAAGCCAGAAGACAAGCUCACCAUCUUUCUCUUCGAGAGAAAGGUGAUCGAGAAGUAUGCCAAAAAUAGCAAGGAGCGGAUAGUUGAGUUAUUGAAGAAAGAUGCGAUGUGCUUACAACGGUUGCGUCAUCCCCACAUACUGAGUGUGAUUGAGGCCCUGGUGGAAGAGAGGAGCACAUUGGCAUUUGCCACCAAACCGGUGGUUGGUAGGUGCGGCCUGUUGGACGUGGCGGAAGCAAUGCAGUUUCUUCACCAGGAUGCCAAGACAGCGCACUUGGGCUUCUCUCCCUACAGCAUUUUUAUUGAUCCACAGGGCAAGUGGCUUCUGGGUGGACUUGGUUUUUCCUUCAGUGGAGCCGCAACCCCAGAUAUGAUUGGCCACGAUUGGGCACAGAGCUUCGAAAACUAUUUGCCAGAUUUUAAUAGAUUUCAUCAGUAG